AUGAGCAAAGGGAUUGAGAUUAAUAAAGAAAUUCAAUUAAAAUCUGAACAAUGGAAAAUACCAGGAAGAGCUCCACCUAGUGUUAUUGCAGAACGUGGAAUGACGUUAAAAGAAUGUGAAUCAGCACAUAAUUUUAUUUCUGAAACAAUCAAAAAAUUAAGUAAUCUUGAUAAAUUAAUAUUUUAUGAUCAAUACACUGAUGACUUAACACCUGAAUUAUUAUAUAAAUAUCAAACAACAGAUGUUUGUUCUUUUAGAGUAAAUAAAUUUAUUAAAGACAAUAUUAAAAUAAUACAAUGA